AUGCCUGAAAAUAUUGAUGCCGGCACAUUAUUUCAGGGAGGCGUCGAUGGUUCAGAAUCGUCCCUCGCGCCUCUCACGGCCUACGUCCUCAUAUCUCUCCUGGAAGGGAAUCUAACGCAGGACGUCCAGGUCAUAGCAAACGCCGUCGCUUGCAUCACCACAGCCACCACAAGUAGUAGCACAUACAUCAAGGCCCUGACGGCGUACGCUCUCUCCUUGGCGGGCGACAGCAGCGCUGCUGCUACGCUCAUUUCAGAUGUGUACAACAGUUUGACAUCAGGAAUUCCAGGUCUGUCUCAGGCUCUGACGGUUGAAGCUGCCGCCUACCUCCUUCUGGCCAUGCUGAAUGAAAGUCCAGGAUCAUACGCUGCCUGGGCUCUUGAUAUCACUAAGCUUAUAUCAACUUAUCACAAUGGACAGGGAGGCUUCGUCUCGACACAGGACACAGUGGUUGCUCUGCAAUCCUUCGCAGCCUUCAGUGAAGCCUUCCCGCCCACAGGAACAGACCUCACCAUAUCAGUAACUGCUGGAAGUCAGUCGUUUGAGAUCGUUAUAAAUUCAGAGAAAGGACUCGUGCUGCAGACCAGCUACAUCACAGGCGAUCCACCACUUGACGUUACAGUGAGUUCGUCUGGGAGUGGGUGCGCUCUUGUCACGGUUACCCACAAAUACAACGUCUAUGAGGAGCCAGAGAGCUCUGCUUUUGCAAUGUCUGUCAAGACAGUCCGAGAUUGGUGCUCCUCUGUCAGUUCCCUGCAAAUUUGUGCUUCUUACACCAAUGAGGACUCCGUAUCCAACAUGGCUGUGAUGGAGGUCGACCUCCAAACAGGAUACUCGGCAGAUGAGGACCACUUGAGAGGUCUCGUCGCUCAGGAAAUCAUCAAGCGUUACGAGGACUCGGAUGGGGUUGUCUUCUUGUACCUGGAAUCGGUCGGUGGCUCCGAAAUUUGUGUCUCCUUCCGCAUCCGGAGGGACCAUGAAGUCGAAGAUAUCGCGCCUGGCACCGUCACCCUCUACGAUUAUUACACUCCUGAAUUCAGGCUGACUCAGUCAUUCGAAAAUGAAGACCCUGUGAUUCAGGGUGAGGAAUGUCCAUCCACCGCUGUAACAAUAGUGAUAGAUGACUUCACGAACUUCUGAGUAAUAUAUUAAAAAAAAGUGUCAUUGGUUUUAGAGUCUGAAUAUUAUCUAAACACUAAAUUUGAUAUAUUUUAGUCAUUAUUUAUGUUUAAUUGGAAAAGAGAGGCCUUUAUAAUUAGAAUUUUUAAGGUACAACAUUUUUGUUCAUUCUUUUCAGUAACCGUGUGGUUAUAUACCUACAUCAAAUUCCAUUCGAAACUGAUAGAUAAAUGCUAAUUGUAGACUAAAUUUGUAGUUAUUCAAGGAAGUGCCUCUGAUAGAAAUAUCAAUCCUUGAGUGAGGUAGAUAUGAAAUAUCUGCCUUUCUCUUUUUGGAUACUUGAGUGACGUGGGUUUUUAUUCGCCGAUUUUGGUAGCCUAAGUCUUGCCUAUUUCCUCGAUCCUUCCCUUUUCUUAUUUUUAAUCAGCUGUCUCCUUUCGUUUAUCAGUCUUUUCGUUUCAAAUUAUAAACUGCCUUUAUCACGUUUGGCCUUGAUAUAAUGGGAUCACUAAUUUAGAUCAUCCCCUGUUUCUGCUAGAAGGAGCAGGACCCUUCCAGUUGCUCGCCUGCUGCGUCUCCCAAAAUCUGAGGUUUUAUACCAAAACAAAUACCAUCUUCUCUUCUCUUCUCCAUCAACCCCGUAGUGGGUUAGUGCCGUCAGUGCACCUCAUUCGGUGCAAUGUAAGAGUUACUUAAGGUUCUAUGCAGUGUCCGUUCGGCCCCUACCUGCAACUACUUUCAUUCCUUUUGCUGUACCUUCGUUCAUAUUCUCUUUCCACCAUCUUACUCUCCACCCUCUCCUAACAAUUGUUUCAUAGUGCAACUGCUUUGAGGUUUUCCUCCUGUUACACCUUUCAAACCUUUUACAGCCAAUUUCCGUUUCAGCGCUGAAUGGCCUUAGUUGCCCCAGUGCUUGGCAUAAUGCCAGAAGUCCAUAUAAAUCGAAUCUUCUCCAUCAAUAUUUUGAGUGUUUUUCUUUUUAUUUUAGUUUGGCUUUGAUGGUGGAGAAAUUGUUGAGUUUAUAAAACACACAUUAAGGUGAUGCAGCUUUUGUUAUGACCACAGCCAUCGAUGAUGGGAAUAUUGAUUCUAUCAACGACGUUUCCUGAUUCACCUUCUUUCAUCACACCACUGAAUCCGUGUCUAGAUUCACUUUAUUAGUGACUUUAAACUCCUGCUCUUCUUUGGAGUCUUUCCAAGUCGCUGCAGUGAGUAUGUUGGCAGAGUUUAAAAGAAAGCUAGACAAAAUCAUUAGGAGGACACUGUGAGUGCACAGUAAAACCUGCUCCUACAGAUAAGUGAGCACACGAUGUCUCCUCUUUGGAUGUACUAACAAGUCUUUGAGAUAUCCUAAUCCUUGUAACUCCUUGUAACUUUCGUACAGUUUUCCAAAACACGGAAAUCACGAUUUUCUUAUUUCUGUUUUGGCUGAUCUUAAGACUAAUGCCUUUGCUGGUGGUUAAAAUCCAGCUCAGUCUGACAACAAACAAAGUAAACAACAACAACAACAGUAUAAAAACUCCAACAUUUCUUUCUUUGGAACUCUGCAGUCUCUACUUUGCUUUGCCAGAAUAUUAUAGGUCAUCGUCUUACAAUCUGAGGACCAUUCUGAAAAUUUUUGAACCACACAACUGCAACGGCCUCCAAAAUACAAUUGUAAUUUGAAGAUAAAAUUCGAGGUCACGUUUUGAAUAGGUUGGCAGACUUGAACAUCAUUUAAAAGUAUAUUUAUGUAUUAUAUUUAAUAUUAGAUCAACAUCAACAUCAUCCACUUUACGUUCAUUCAUUUCAAUUUGCAGAAUUGCUGUAUUUUUUGCAACUGUUUAACUACUGAUUAUUAUAGCCAUUUGUAUAUGAAGUUAUUAGUGUUAUAUUUUGAAGGAUUAUCUGUGAUGCCUCGUAGCAGAUAUAAUCGAAGAGGCUGGAUUUAGUUCUGCAGCAUCAUUGCACAGAUUAUGGAAAAUAUAAAUUGGAAUCAUCA